AGCUCUGUAGAAAUUCGACCAGCAUUAGGACCUGGAGGAAUCCCAUUGUCUCCUGCAUCAUCUGGUACCAUAUCGACAGGAGAGGCAGCAUCGAGAGAGGGGAGAAAAUGGCCAGUCAGUCCCAAGGAAUACAGCAGCUUCUCCAUGCUGAGAAACGAGCGGCAGAGAAGGUCGCCGAGGCCCGGAAACGGAAAGCUCGGAGACUGAGACAAGCGAAAGAAGAGGCCCAGGGUGAGAUUGAGCAAUACCGUCAGGAAAGGGAGAAGGACUUCCGACAUAAACAGGAAGCGGUCAUGGGCUCUCAGGGUAACCUGGCUACGGAGGUGGAGCAACUCACGCGGCAGAAAAUCCAGGCCAUGCAGGCCAACCACCACCGCAACAAGGAGAAGGUCCUCCGACAACUGCUCACACUUGUGUGUGACAUCAAGCCGGAAUUCCACGAGAACUACCGCGUGCAAAUGUAGACGGGCUUCACGUGUAAUUGGACGGAAGCGGACUCACUGUGGACUGUGUUGUGAUCAUCUUGAGUAUUGUUCCCUUGCUUGACCUUGUGUAUUAUACAUUGCAGACACUCCCCGACUUGCGUUAAGGUUUACGACCUCGCAUAAGCCAGACGUUACGUAGGUAAGUCGGAGACGGAUGCAUGUGUAUGUGUAAAUCUACUGUUCGUACUGUGUGGUGCCAGUGGGAGUGGAGACCACGGUGGAGCUCCAUGGUGGGGACCACGGGGGAGCUCCAUCAUGGGGACCACGUGGGGAGCUCCAAUAUGGAGACCAGGGGGCUCAGUGGGGACCACAGGGGAGCUCCCGGGGUGGGGACCAUGGGGAAGAGCUCCAUCAUGGGGACCGCAUGGGGAGCUCCAUCGUGGAGACCGAGGGGGGUAGGGACCAUGGGGGGGGGAACUCCAUCAUGGGAACCACAAGGAGAGCUCCAUCGUGGAGACCGGGGAGGGUAGGGACCACGGGGGAGCUCCAAUGCAGGGACCACAUGCGAGCAUCCACGAGAACAGCAGACUGGCUUGCGGAAACGGCCGCAUGCAACAGUGCAUUGCUACUGCAGUUUAGAAAUAAAGCAGCGGGCCUGAAGAAUUGCUUACGAAAGUGCGAGUUGACACGAGUCACCUGUUACGGAAGUCGGGGAAGUGCCUGUAUACAAUAAGUUAUUGUAUUCAUUAUCCGGUAGCAAUUAAGUUGCAGAAAAUAUACAGCAUGUGGAUACCCAACGUUGAUGUUGAUAGAAAAUAGACACAAAUUGCUGGAGCACCUCAGCGGGUCAGGCAGCAUCUCUGGAGAGCAUGGAUAGUUGAACCUUCAGGUCAGGAACCAGCUCCUGUUUAAAGAAGGGUCCAGACCCGAAACAUCACCUAUCUAUGUCCCCCAGAGAUGCUCCCUGACCCAUUGAGUUGCCCCAGCACAUGAGUUCUAACUCGCUCAGUUCUAAAGGCUCGGCUGAUUAGGUGAAAAUAUCAAAUGUAAUAACAUGGAACGGCAGAUGCCGGUUUAUACCAAAGGCAGAUACAAAAUCCUGGAGUAACUCAGCGGGUCAGGUGGCAUACCCAGAGAACAAGGCUAGCUGACGUUUCUGGGCAGAACCCUUCUUCAGUCCCUGAAGAAGUCUUAAAGUAUUAAGAAAACAUGUGCAAUAUUUCUGGUUGACUCCCUUCGUUAGACUAGGCUUUCUUGAUAGUUUUAGAUGCCUUUGGGGUCGGAAAGAAGGGUUAACAUAGAAACAUAGAAAAUAGGUGCAGGAGGAGGCCAUUCGACCCUUCGUGCCAGCACCGCCAUUCAUUGCGAUCAUGGCUGAUCGUCCCCAAUCAAUAACCCAUGCCUGCCUUCUCCCCAUAUCCCUUGAUUCCACUAGCCCCUAGAGCUCUAUUUAACUCUCUCUUAAAUCCAUCCAGUGAUUUGGCCUCCACUGCCCUCUGUGGCAGGGAAUUCCACAAAUUCACAACUCUCUGGGUGAAAAAGUUUUUUCUCACCUCAAUCUUAAAUGACCCCCCCUUUAUUCUAAGACUGUGGCCCCUGGUUCUGGACUCGCCCAACAUUGGGAACAUAUUUCCUGCAUCUAGCUUGUCCAGUCCUUUUAUAAUUUUAUAUGACCAUAACCAUCACCUAUCCGUGUUCUCCUGAUCUACUGAGUUACUCGAGCAUUUUGUUUCCAUCAAAAGUAUUGAAUGGUUUUACAAUACGGAUUCCAAUUUGUGUUAGGUUCAAAAAAUCCAGAUUAAUUCACUUUUGGCACAUACUAAAAUCCAUCUUACUUCUGAGCUCCUUAUCAUUGACAUUACAGGCUACCUGGACCCACUGACUUCAAACUAAAUGAAUUCAAACAUAAUACUCUAUCCUCCAUGGCCAGAGUGAGUCCCACCAUAAAUUGGCAGAGCAGCACCUCAUAUUUCGCUUAGGCAGUUUGCAUCCCAGCGGUAUGAACAUUGACUUCUCCAAUUUCAGGUAGUCCUUGCUUUCUCCCUCUUUCCCCUCCCCUUCCCAGCUCUCCCACAGCCCACCGUCUCCGCCUCUUCCUUUCUUCU